AUGAAUGAUCGUCAGUCUCAACCUAUAAACAGCCAAAAAGAAGUUCUGUUCAAGUUGGACUCUAGAGGGAUCCUGGAGCUGACUCCUGUGAAGCAGCUGGCCAGUCUGAAGUGGAACCUGUAUGGAAAACAUUACUUCAGGCUACUGCUGUUUCUCUACCUCCUCUACAUCUGGAUCUUCACCAUGUGUUGUGUAUUUCGCCCGAUUAAGGACGCGCCCGCCAACUACUCGACUGCAGCCACAGCCUACACCAUCCGGGUCCAGAGAAGGUUUAAUGAGAGCUACGUGACCCAUGCGGACCACCUUCGGCUGGUUGGGGAGAUCAUCAGCAUCCUGGGAGCUGUAGUCAUCCUGUUGCUGGAGAUCCCUGACAUGCUGAGAGCGGGGGCCAAGCACUACUUUGGCCAGACUGUCCUGGGGGGCCCCUUCCACGUCACCCUCAUCAUCUACGCGGGUCUAGUGCUGCUGCUGUGUGUGUUCAGGGUCAGCUCGGUGCAGGCGGAGCGCGAGGUGAUGGCUCUGGCUUUACUUUUCGGCUGGUGCAAUACGCUGUUCUUUGCCCGAGGUUUCUGGAUGUUCGGCCCCUACGUCAUCAUGAUACAGAAGGUCAUAUUUGGAGACUUAAUGAAGUUUUUGUUUCUAACUUUCAUUGUGGAACUUGGUUUCAGCAGUGCGCUGUGGAUGGUGUACAUGACUGUGGAUCCUUCCUACAAUCCUUCAUAUAGCACCUACCCCCUCACCAUCUUCACCGAGUUUGUGGUCAACUUUGGCCUCGUGAAUAUGCCGGUGGACUUUACCCAACUUAACCCCACGAUCAUCUACCUGGUGUACAUCGCCUACUCUAUUAUCGCCUUCAUCCUUCUUAUGAAUCUGCUGAUAGCCAUGAUGAGUGACACGCAAUGGAGGGUGGCCCAGGAGAGAGACGAGCUGUGGAGGACUCAGGUGGUAGCUACGACUCUGAUGCUGGAGAGGCGGCUGCCACGCCGCCUGUGGCCCCGGCUCGGGGUGUGUGGGCUCAGUUACGGCUUGAGGAAUUGCUGGUAUCUCAGAAUCCAGACAGACCAGAACCAGAACCAAAACCAGACGGUUGAGGACCAGACUAAGAGCCCUUACCAGAUACUGCAGAACCAGGACCAGAACCAGGCCCUGCAGACCCAGGAGCUGCAGUUGAUGAGGGCAGAGCUGCAGGAGCUUAGGACUCUGAUCCAGAAGCUGGUUCAGAAGCGGACCCGGACCGACUUCUGCUCACAGAUCGUUUGAAGGCUGCUUGUCCCCCCCCACCAAGACAUUUUUGUCCUUCUUUUGCUUUUUGUCAGAGAAAGGGACAGAAAGGUUGAAAAAAGUGAGAAUCAACAAAAAAUAUCAGGAAGAUGUGAGAGAGAAAAAACGUCAGAAAAUGUGCAAAAUAAUAACCUUUUUUGUGGAAAGGGGUGAGACCGUACCAAGACCUUCUCUUUACUUUGAACAAAGGAACCAUCUGCCUUGGUAUUUUAGCAAGAUGUAGUCAAAUAUCUUUGGGAGGAAAAGUUCAGGAAAAUUCAUAAUAUUUUAGAAAAGACACAUCUGCUGUGAUGAACAUAUUAAGUUUCCACUUUCUAAAACAAGAACAGAGAAACCGAAAUCAGCGCUGAAUGACUGGCCGCUCGCAGU